UGACAGCCACUGGUACAUCCCGGGCAUCACUCAGGUGACUGAGGCAGGAGGAGAACUAGGAAAAGAAGAGCUGGAUAAAGUUAAGCGAACCUAAUCGAAUCAAGUGGUAGGGCGCUAGUGGCAAUGGUGGCAACCAUGAGCUGUCGUCGUCGUCGUCUACCACCACCGCUGAUGAUGAUGGCAGCAGUAGUGGUGGUCAGCAUGAUGAUAGUGGGCGCCGUGGCCAGUCCGGACUUUGCCGUACCGGCCCGGAUGACCGGAGUUGGUAGUGGUAACCUCGAGCGAACCGGGAACGUGGUACAGAACGCAAACCGAGUGCUGGCUGUACUUGAGCAAUUCCAAUCGAUCACCGAGUGGCUGUACAGUUUGCAGACACCCGACCUCUACCACCUAGCGACCCGGUUCCGCACCGUCAUGGACAGUUUGGUGGAGACAGGGAGUCCCAUCUUUCAGGCGCUCUCGAAUGCGGCCCGCCUUUCGAGCGGUAACAUUACGUCGCUCUUUGCUGGCAUCCAGCGUAGCAUCGAUGUGACGGUCGCGCUGAACAAUCUGCACCAGCUGACGAUCAACGAGACGCGCCCGUUCCUCGGGGAGGCCGGUGUCCACAACAUCAGCACCGUGCUCGAUCUGUUGGUGCGUAAUGUGCGCAAUCUGAGCGCGGUACUCGAUGAAAUCGAACCCACCAUCGUGGACCUGCAGUUGCGGUUGCUGAACGCAUCGUCGUCGUCGUCAUCGCCGGCGGUGUCGACGGCACUCGUGGAUCGUCUGUACCCCCGGGAUGGCAUCCGGAAGUUGAAUGACAUUCUGCUGAACUACGUCAACAUUGGUGUGGCCACGGUACCGCAAAUCAACGCCGUUGUCAAUCGUGUCCGGCUGAUGGAUGGUUUCAUCGGCCGGCUUGACUCGGUCGCGACCACUCAGCAGAACUCGCUGAACGCAUCCCUGGCCACCGUGAACGGCACGCUGCGGAACUACGUGGAAGGCCGGCUAAGGGGUGCGGUGCGUGGACUCGCACCCGCCUUCAAUCGAAGCGUGACGGAAACGACGAGAAAGUUGCGACCACUGAUGGCCGAUCAGGUGUUGCAGGAAGUGGCCCGGAAUGCGACCAAUCGCUUGACCGAACGGCUCACCAAUGUUACCCAAACACUCGACACGCUGGCCGACCACAUCGAGGUACCGCUCGUGCAGGCGGACCGUACGGCGCGUGUGAUAAUGAAUCUCACCGUCGCGGCCCUCAGUGAGCUGGCCUGGAAUCUUACGCUCGCCGUUACGUCGGCCCAACCCGGUGCAGAAGCCUGCUUCCGGCGGUACGGUUACGAGUUCGACAAACUCGCCCGACAGCUGUACGACAGUCUGUCCGGUUGCGGUCAGGGUGAGGCCAGGGCGCUGCAGGGUGUGACCGGUGCGUUGAUUGGAUUCCUUGGCGUCGUCCAGACGCAGCUUGGCGCGGAAACGCGCACCUACGACCAGUGUCUCGGUGGGUUGAGCGUUGGCUCGCCGGCCGAUCUGAAACGGCAGCGUACGCUUUGUCUUGACGUUGCGGUCCAAUAUUCGCAGCUUGUGGGCGGUACCGUGGUCGCCAAUCAGUUGGCAUCGUUCGGUGAGGUGCUGCAGCGUGAGCUCACCUACAGCAUGGAUCGUCACGGUGCCUGUCUGCUCGGCAGCUAUCGAUUGCUCGUUACAGAAGUUGUGUAUCUGAGGGAUUCGCUCACUGUUUGUCUAAAUCCCACUGCUGGAUAACACUGGAGGCCACCUCGUGAAUAAAAUCGAUGCUUGCACAAA